AUGGAGGAUGAAGAUGGGACUUGUCUACUUGAUGUUUUGUGUGACCCCCAAGCCCUGAACGACUUCCUUCAUGGGACCAAUGAGCUGCAGACGGAAGACCUGCUCAUUAACUCCUCCUCUGGGGAACCUUCCCUCUUCACUGAUGCCCCGAGUCCCGUCUCUCUGCUGGGAGACGGCAGGCAUUCCCCCGACACGCCUCCACCCGGCUGUGUGGAUCUGUCGUUCCUGGAGGAGGCCCUCCUGUCAUCCCCGGAGGGCGGAGAAGACCCUCCGGACGUGCGGGGCGGACCACCUGUGGAGGCUGGAUGCGAGGCCAAGAAAGUGGAGGAGGCGGCGGAGGCGGAGGUGGCCUGCGACAUCCUCCAGCAGAGCCUGCAGGAGGCCGAGAUCACCGAGCAGACGAUGGCUCUGGAAGCAGGUCUGGCACCACCAGGCGACAGUCUGUCCCUGUACUCCCCCUCCCCGCUCCUCUCUCCGCCCACUGUGCCCUUCAUACCCAAGUCCGUGACCCUCCCCGUCGCCCCGGCGUUGCCCAGAGACACCCAGGCGGCGGUGGAGCCUCCCCAGCCCUCCCUGCUGGCUGUGGGUCCGGGCUGCCCCUCCCUGAAACCUGCUGCCCCUCCUCAGCUGAUGGGGCUCCUGCCUGGAAACGUGUUUCCUGCUGCCUCUCCGGAGACGUCCUUCUCCCUGAGUCCUGCCCAGGCCUCCAGCAUGAUCAUCCACAAGACGAUGCCGGGUGUCACCAGCCGCCCCCUGAUCACGCCGACGCUGAGGGCGGCGGCAGCAGCGGCACCAGGCAUCGUCCUACAGCGAGCCCCCCUCCCCAUCCAGCCCAAGCUGCCCAUCAGCAUCCAGCCCAGACUGGUCCAGAUCAGCCCCAAACCCUCCGGACAGAAACCCGCUCCUGGUCUCACCUUCGUCCCUGGGACUGCCUCGCCAAAUAUUCUGCUGUCCCAGGCUCCGGGCCAGAAGACUGUAGCUCCGCCGCCGCAGCCCCCCCAGCAGCUCCCCAAACCUGUCAGUCUGCAGCUGGUCAACCAGGGCGGCUCCUUCGUGCUCCAGCCUCAGGGACUCUUCCAAGGCCAAAACCAGUUCCUUCUUCCAGGCCAGUCCCCUGUUACGAUCUCCCAGCCGGCCAGCGCAGCCCGACCUCUGCUGACCUCCAGCCACCAGGGCCCGGCGGUGCACGGCAUGGCCUCCUCCACCGGGCAGCUCGUGGACGGACCUCAGAUCCUAACUGUGCCCCAAAGACAGCUGAACUUCAGCCCCGUCUUCACCACCCCCACUGGGCAGCUCGCACUCCGUCAGGCCACUGUGCUUUCAGGACCUUUGCAGCUACAGUCGGCGCCCGCUACCGUCUUCCAGAUGCCGGCACAGCUGGCUGGAACCUACACUGCAGGAGGGCAGGGCCAGCGGGCCACUCUGGUCCACAGUCCGGCUCUCGGAAACCACAUUACCUUGAUCAACAGCUCGGGGGUUCUCCCUCCCGAUCUCACUUCCAUCUCGAUCGUCAACGGGCCCUCGGUGGUUCAGGGGCUUCCCUUCGCUGCUCAGGCACCUCAGACCGGAGUGACUGAAGGUCAGCUGAGCCUCCAGCAGACGUCGGUGGUGCUGCUGCCGGACAGAACAGUUCAGGAGGAGAGGACCAGCUCAGAAGAGAGUUUCCACCAACUACAGCAGCCCUAUGGACACGUUCUCCAGCAUGUGUCGGUGCAGCCGUCCUCCGCAGGGCUUCAGUCUUCGCCUCCUCCUGUGGUCACCAUCCUGCAGCCUCCUCCCGAACCACCUCUGGCCCCAGAUCCAGCUGUGGAGAUGCCCAAACUCCUGAUGCCCCCAGCAGACAUGACGCAAGCGGUGGAAGAGGUGACCCACUCGAUGAGCCAGAACCAGGCCUUUAUGCAACAUUUGCAACAGCAAGCACUUAGUUCUCCCAUCUCAUCCGACUUGUUGGUCGGAUCUUUGCCGGUGGUUCCGAUGGAGUCGCUGUCCCCCCCGGUCUCCGGUGACCGAGACUCCCAGCCUCAGACCCAUGCUGGUUCCGGUCAGGACUCCCUGCUGUCGGAUCAGUGUGUCGAGGUUUCUCCUCUUCACUCGGACCCCGAGGACCCGCCGCUGAUCUGCUCCCCGCCUCAGAUUCAGGACGCCGGCAGAACAGCUCCGGCUCCAUUCUCUCCUCCGGCUGGGCCUCAGAUGGUUCUGCCCGGACCCGAGAGUUCAGCCCAACAAACAGCAGCUCCACAGCCCCGAAUCGAGCCCCAGGUCCAGUACCCAGCCCCCCACCAGCUCCAGCCUCAGCCCUCGGUCCACCCUCCGGUCCACAGCAGCCCGUCCCCCCUGAGGUCCAGCGUCUCGGUGCCUCAGCAGCAGCCAGAUCCUUCAGCUGCUGUUCCCUCUGAAGCCGGAGACGACUCCGCUGUCCAACAGCACACACAAAACAAGCCAACAGCUGCCUUGGCCGUGGAGAGUAAAGCGUUUACUCUCGAUGUCCAUCCACCCUCUCCUGCAGCCAAAGGGGUCCAGAAAGUCCACGGACCUCCAGCUUCCACUGAGUGUCCAACAGUCCAGACGAGUCCACAGACCAGCAGCAAGCUGGCAGGUCCUGUGGAGCUGCAGAGAGAGGAAAGGCUCACACCAGCAAUGCGCAGGCACAGGUUCCAGCAGCAGCUCUGUUUGGACCACGGAGCCGUGCAGACCCCGUUCACCGGGCCGGCCUUCUCCACGCUGAAGGACGCCGUGAGACGCCUGCUGCCGUACCACACCUGCGCCGGUCACCUGCCCACUCAGGAUGACUUCAAUUUAGUGGACCAGGAGUUCGACACCGUGUCCGGUUUCCUGCUGAAACGCACCAAGGACAUGGUCAAUAAAUACAGGCAGCUAUUGGUUAGAGAAGCCCAGCAGGAGAGUCCGUCGGCGGAGAUGGUGAUGCUGGAGCGUCUCUUCCUUCAGGCCGAACGCUACGCUUUAGCGGAGGACAGACGACGAGCCCGCAGAGACCCAGAGUCCUUCAUGACGGCCUUGUCUUCGUCAGCGUCUUCCCCUCAUGGUGCCCACUCCUCUGGUUCCUCCAACCUCUACUCCUCCUCUGGCAGCCCUUCAUCUCCACCAGCCUGGACUCGGCUGUCCGACCGGCCGCCGGGCCUGAAGACGUACCGCUCCAGCUCCCGCGGCGCGCUCAGACUCACCAUCAAGCAGGAGUCCGGCUCCCGUAAGGUGAUCCACAACUCGGCCUGCGACCCGGGGCUGAAGAGGGACCACACGGGGCAGCUAACCAACGGCGGCGGGACGAACGAACGCCACUCGCCGGCGCCCAACGGAGCCACCCAGCAUCCUCAGCACGACGAGGAGAUGUCCAACGGCAACACCGCAGCAGAGGAAGCCCCUCAAACGGCGCCCAGUUCCAAAACGAAACCCCCGAACCCUCUUUCUAUGCCGGACGUUUGCUCCGAGUUGCCUCCCAGAGAUGUCAGCGCCCCAAAACUGAAAUGCUACAGGUUGGAUGCGUCUCCUCGGCCGGAGCAGCGGUUCAGCCCGCCGCCUCCGCCCCUCCAAGAGGACAACAUGCUCAGCGAACACCUGCAGAGCGCCAUCGACAGCAUACUGGAGCUCCAGCGCCUGCAGGGCCCGUCGGCAGCCCCGACCAGAACCACGUCGGGCCCCUCGCUGGACCAGGCUGUCACCAGCAUCCUGGAGGGACACCUGUGA